AUGGCCUUGUUUAGAGACAUGGCGGGCAUUCCGCCAUUGACUGCCUCGACCACCGAUAGUGUCCUGAUUAUCAUCGAUUCACAAAACGAGUACGCGAAUGGACUUUUGAAAGUCGACAAUGUCGACAAACGCCGCGUGGUUAUUAAAUCGCUCCUCGACAAAUACCGUGCCACGGCCAAAACAACGGGCAAACAGAACCUUGUUCAUAUUGUCCAUCAGACCGCCGCUGAUGCGCCUGUAUUUACUACUGGAACGCCAUUGGCGGACGAAUUUGAUGAGCUAAAGCCCUGGGAAGGCGAGAAGGUUAUCACCAAAAAAUUUCCCAACGCCUUUGCGGAGACAGCCCUUCACGAAUACUUGCAAAGCCUGGGUGCUAAAAAAAUCGUGCUAGUGGGGUAUAUGGCACACGUGUGCGUAUCUACCACAGCUAGACGAGCUGCCGAGCUUGGUUAUGAUAUCGUCGUCGCUCAGGACGGAGUUGGGAGUCGUCCUCUCGGCGAAUAUUCAGGCGAUGAAAUCACCAAGGUUGCAUUGUUGGAAGUAGCGGACUUCUUCGGCACGUUGGUAUGGAGCAAGGACAUCAGCUGA